AUGAUACAACCUUCCCCCUCCUCCCUGCCCCCGCCUGUACCUCCUCCCGCUCGGCUUCUCCUGCUCCGUGUGUGCGGGCUGUCUGUGCGGUCAGUGUGGCAGUGUGGAGCAUGUGUGAAGCUGCUGUUUGAAGCCCGGAGCCCAGACACAAGCCUCAACAUGCCGCACAAACAGGCCUGGCUCAUGCCCGACGAGGCGGACAGUGUAAGACAGAGGAACCAAGGGGAGCAGCCAGAAAACCACGGGGAGUACAUUGAGCACCAUUACCGCUUCCCGCAGAGACCAUCCCAAACAGAGCGCCUCUGUCCAGGGUCCCAUCACAGGGAUCACAGCCCGUCAGAUCUGCACUCUCCAGAAGCAUCUGGGCACCACUUCUGCCAGUAUACCCCCAAAUGCUUCCUUACUGUUCACAAAGGGGGACCUGCAGGCUCGACCCGCUCCACGGCCUCUUGGUAUGGGGACGAAGCCUGGCACGACAGCACCACCAGAACCACCAUCCGAGUGGAGAAUGAAGUGGAGGCACACAGAGAAGCCAACAAUUAUAAGUUCGGUUUCAGGAAAUGGAAGGGCCACGUCACUGAAAGACCCAUCGAAGUCAGAUCAGACAUUGACAAAGAACUGUACUCCGACUUAAGCACUGUUCGACCACAAGAAGGAAAGCUCUGUUGGAAAAUGGGCUGCUAUUUCAUUUGGCCUUUUGGCAAGUCGAUACAAAAGGCCAGUGAUGUGCGGAGGACGAACACCACCAAACCUCCGAGGUGUCAGCUUCCUGAGGACGGGGACAGCCAGAGCAGUGAAAAGGACUCCUCACCUCUACUGGCCUCGUCUCCGUACCCUGUGGAGGUCCCUGUGCCUGAAGUAGCAGCCAACACCACUUCAACACACUGGCAUCACCCGGGGACAUACGUGUGGCUCUUGCUGGGGUAUCCUGUGCUGGUAGCAGGGCACUUCAUAGCUUUCCUGAUCUCUUGGCUCCUUGUCUUCACCAUUCCAGUGGCCAAACUGAACACUCGGGCCAUCACCACUGUGCUGCUCAUGGCACCUGAUGACAUUAUCUUUCACAAAUUGGACAAAUCUUUAGCCGGUGAAACCAGAGUCGUCCUGUGCUGUAACAAAGCCAUAAAUCUUCACUACUACAAGUACUCGGUCCUGGGAAUCAACAUAUUUGCUCUCAACCUGCUUCCUCUGGUCAUUACCAGCUUGGCCAUUGGCUACACCGACAGUGACCACGCCUAUUUCAGCGCUGAAACCAAGUUUGCUACGGCCAUCACGUCCAUCAUUCCACUGUCCUAUUUCAUCGGCAUGGGGAUCGCCAGCAUCUCCGCUCAGAGUAACUUUGCAGUGGGGGCCGUGGUGAAUGCCACCUUCGGUUCCAUAACAGAGAUGACCUUCUACAUCACUGGGCUGCUGCAGGGACAAAAAGCUGCCACCAAGUGUUACGAGGAGAUCGUCAAAGCCGCCCUCACGGGCACCUUACUGGGCUGCAUACUCUUCAUACCAGGAAUCUGUAUGAUCAUCGGCGGCAUAAAGCACCAGGAGCAGAAGUUCAACAGCCGCUCAGCCGGAGUCAGCUCAUCUCUGCUCUUCAUAUCUAUCGGAGGUGUCUUUGCUCCAACGCUGUUCUCAAAGACGUUUGGAAAUCUGGUUUGUGAGAGCUGCACGUCUGUCCCAGGAAACACCAGCGUGCCUUUCAUCUGCAAAGAUUGCCACUACGACUCGAGUCAGACUGACCCACAGAUGAUUCUGUCUCACAUUGAACCUCUAGUUUACACCAUUGCCGUGCUGCUGCCGACCGCCUACCUCAUCGGUCUGAUCUUCACGCUCAAGACGCAUGCGCACAUCUACGACAUCCACGUCAGCGACAUCCAGGGGGGCCACCCACACGGUCAGUACCCCCAGGAGACGCUGCCCCCUGCCGGCUCGCUGCUCCUCGCUGCAGACAACUCCUGCAUAAACGCCAGCAUUGUAGCUGGCCACCGCGCUGUACCAGCUGACCCCGUGGUGCACUGGUCCCGCUGGAGGGCUCUGGCCGCGCUCAUCAUCGCUACCGUGCUCAUGGCCUGCUGCGCUGACCUCAGCAUCCAGAACAUCGAGCCCAUGCUGACCCACUCGUCCAUCUCCCAGUAUUUCAUUGGCGUCACGUUGUUGGCCAUGGUCCCCGAGCUGCCGGAGAUCGUCAACGGGAUUCAGUUUGCCUUACAGAACAACAUCAGUCUGAGCCUGGAAGUGGGCAGCUGCAUCGCGGUGCAAGUUUGCAUGAUCCAGAUUCCACUGCUGAUUCUCUUCAAUGCUUUCUACGACGUGGGCUUUGUGCUCCUCUUCAGUGACAUCCAUCUGUGGGCGAGCAUCUUCAGUGUGAUCCUGGUCAACUACAUCUUCAUGGACGGGAAGUGCGACUAUUUUCAAGGCACAGCUCUGGUGGUGGUCUACCUGAUCCUCAUGGCUCUGUACUUCUUUGCUCCAUCGCCGCGCUCUUGUCCUUCCACUUGA